CUAAUCUGUUUGAAAACAAUAACUAUUUCUAUCCACCAACUGAAGAGUCGAAUUCAUCAUCAGAUAGUCAAGCUCAAGUUUCUGAAACCGAUUCUCAAUCGACCAUUAUAUCAGAAUUGAAUCAUGAUAUUGAACGUUCGAAAAUUGAUUCAUUUUAUUUUGAAGAAACACAGCAAGACAAUAGUGAUGUGAAUAGUAAUGCAGAUGAAGAAACAAAUAAUAAUGCGGAAGAAGUAAAUGUUUUCAUUAGUGAUACAGAAGAAGAAAUGUAUAGCAAUAUGGAUGAAGAUGAAGCGCAAGAAAUAAAUAACAAUUUGGCUGAAAUGCAAGAAAUGAAUAACAACAUGGAUGAAAUGCAAGAAAUGAAUAACGAUAUGGAAGAAGUGCAAGAUUAUUUUGAAGCUCAAAUUACUA